UUGUUUUGUCCUUGCGAGCCGCCGUCUUUAACUGAAAUCGGCAGUUCGCUCUGUACAUUCGGACCGUUAUCCAGGCUGCCUCAUGGCCCAGGCUGCAUUCCCUCAUCUGCACUGUCCAGUGAAGCUGGGCUCAGUGAACACGGAUGGCCCCGGUGCACGGCUGCACCAGCAUGUCAGAGAGAGGAGCCUCCACAAGCUGGAGAAGCAGCUCAAGAAAGGUGUGGACGUGGACACGGUCAAUAACCUGGGACAGACCCCGCUGUUCUGUGCCUCCCUCUUGAGUCUGGCAAAAGUGGUGGAUGUGCUGCUGCAGUACGGAGCAAACCCCAACCACCGCUGUGAUGAUCGGAGCACCCCGGUUCACGCUGCAGCGUUCUCCUGCAGCCCCUGGAUCCUGAGCGCACUGCUGGAUGUGGGGGGAGACCUGCGGCUGCACGACCGAGAGGGGCGCACUGCCAGGGACUGGGCAGAGGUGGCUGGACCGGAGCUCAGCCCCCGGAUGCUGAAGUUCAUGCAGAGCUGCGUGACCCACAUGCAGAGUCUCACCCAGCAGAGCCCAGGAGAGGAGCUGAAGAGGACCAGCGGCUCAUCCAACUCCCUCAUCCGCUCGCCCUCCCUGCUGUCACUGCUCAAACGAGGAGGCUCGAAUCUCCAUUUGAACAGAAUGCUGAGCUCUAAACCAUCUGCUUCAGACACAGUGCACUGCUUUGGGUUUGGAAAGCUGUGUGUCGGAGGGCGGAAGCAGUUUGGUUUCCUGGCCUGUGUUCCAGUGAUCGGGGAGAAGGAGCUGGUGCAGGCUGAUGACGAGCCCUCGCUGUCCUUCCAUAACGGGGCCUUCAUGAGCAUGACCAAUUUCAGCUGGAACGGCUGCCGGGUGACGGUGAAGGAGCUGCAGUCUCAUGAUGCGCUGCUGCCUUACAGCAAGAGAAGCUUCAUGGACCUGCUGACAGCAGAGCAGGAGUACUGCUGUAAUCUGUUCCACCCUCACCUGCUGCAGCUGCUGGCUGUGUGUGUGUCUGCAGACCUGGAGCAGACCCGGCUGGUGUUUGAGAGAGUGCACAUCGGCUCCCUCUACAGCAUCCUGCAUCAGAGGCGGGCCCAGUUCCCUGUGCUGCGCUUUGAGGCCCUGCUGCACCUCCUCCUGCAGGUCUCGGAUGCGCUGCUGUACCUGCACUGCCGCGGCUUCAUCCACCGCAGCCUCUCCUCGCACGCCGUGCAGCUGGUGCACCCCGGGGUCGCCAAGCUCACCAACCUGCACUUCAUGGUGCACAGCAGUGAUGGAGGGGCCAGCAGCGACCCCACCCGCCUGCCCAUCCCAGCGGAGCUGUAUAACUGGGUGGCCCCGGAGGUGAUCAGAGGCAGGCCCUGCACUGUCAAGGCUGACCUCUACAGCCUGUGUGCACUCAUCCAGGAGCUCUGCACAGAUACGCUGCCCUGGGGCGGUCUGGAAGCCUCGAUGAUUACGGAGUUGCUGGAGGGCGGCCACGGCUUGGCUGCAGACACCCAGGUCCCCCAGCCCUACUACGAGGUUGUGAGGAGCGGGCUGCAGCUCCGACCCCAGGAGCGCACAGGGAGCCUGCAGGACAUCCGCUACCUGCUGCGCAAAGACAUGCAGGAGCUCAGCUGUCGGAAGGGCAGUCUGUACCCAGAGAUGGACAUGCUGCUGGGGCCCAGGGGGGCCGGGCUGGAGACGCAGCAGAACAGGGUGCAAAGAGAGAUCGGCUGUUAUGCCACUGGCCAGAACUCUAACCUCAGCUCCAAUGGGGGAGACAUAGGGGACCCGAUGCAGCACAACCACAGUGAAAUCCUCCGUCACCUGUACCAACUGGACCAGCUGUUGGAGUGGGAAACUGACCCGGAGGGAGCAGCCAAGGCAGGGGGGACUGGCGACACGGGCUGGGCAGCACAGAACACGGCCGUGACUCCCUCUGCCCCAGAGAGUGACCUGUCUAUCCACGAGAUCCUGCCCCUGGACCCCACCAGGCUCUCCCUGCAGCGCGGCUCAGACACAGACACAGGGGCCAUCAGGCUGGAGACCGACUCAGACUCCACCGUGACGGAGGACGAGAGUGAAGGGGAGGGCGGGAGAGGCAGCCCAGAUCGGCAGCAGGGCGAGGGGCAGGCCAUCAGCACCUGUGUCCUCAACCUGAAGGUCUCCCAGGUCCUGAAGCAGCAGGCAGAGAACAGCUUGCUGGAGGUGAAGAGAGCCAGUGGGACACAAGAAAUGUUGGGAACUGAGUUCAGAUCAACACCGGGUAGAAAGGGGGAGAGUUACUCAGGCUUGGGAGGGAGGCAAGGGCAGCUUGAGAGUCACUCAGCCCAGGGUGAGAUGCAGGGAGAGGCAGGCUGGGGUAGGGUGGGCCUGGACGAAGUUGACGACCGGUGCAGCAUGAUGGACAGGGAGGUGGAGGGGUCAGGUUGGCUGGCUGAUGAAGUGCAGAGCUGCCGGGUUGAACCGGCGAGCUCCCUCUACCCCAACAGUAAGCGAGGCUAUGCCCAGGCUGUGGCCCCUCCUCGGCGGUACCAGCCCCCCAUUCGUCUGUAUGGCAUACACAGUGAGGGGGAAAUCCACCCCCUCUCAUGGAAAAACCAGCUCCUCCGGGAGACACACAGCGAUCUGCCGGCCACCGCGAAGACUCUCAGCGACGGGCUGGGGGGCUGUGAGGGGCUCAGCGACGGGCUGGGGGGCUGUGAGGGGCUCAGCGACGGGCUGGGGGGCUGUGAGGGGCUCAGCGACGGGCUGGGGGGCUGCGAGGGGGAGGACUGCAGUGAUUACAGCUCAGCGCUAGAAGACAGCUUUGUGACCGUCCGCCGCAAGGCUGACAGAGGGAGUGUAGUGACAAGAGAGGCAGGAGGCAGGCAGCAGUUCAUAGAGCAGGUCUAUACCAAGAGAGGGGGCUCCACUAACAGGACUGAGGGCAGGCUCAUCACAGCAGGGAUGCAGGAGGGCAAUGAAGGAGGCUAUCCUCUGUCUGACUAUCAGAAAACAAACACACCCAACUGGACAAGCGAGGUGGCACAGCUGGUUGAGAAGAUGGCCAGGGGGCAGCUGGGAGCUGCAGCCUGGAGCUCGAGGGAGGAGCAGGGCCAGAGCAGCGAGAGUGAGGACAUGGAGGAGCUGUUCUACCGCUUCACAGGCCACUCUGCUACCACAGCGUCCACGGCACCGAGCCACGGCAGCCCCACCCUGGAGAGCCUGUUCAGGAGCUUCGCAGGUCACAGUGAGACAGACAGUGAACCCCAGACUAUGAAUAAGACUUUUAAUAUCAGCCCCAGAGUGCAGAGGAGCGCUGGCCCAGGGAAGGUGGAACAGAGUUCGGGUUCUGAUUUCAUGCCGGACUCUUCUCUCGAAGUAUCUGAUGAGUUCUUCACCCCCAAUCCACUCCUGGUGUCCCAGGAAGCAGCUCUGCACUCAGGGAGACUGGCUCUUGUGCAGACUCCAAGCUCGGAGGAGGACCUGGAGGUCACAGUGGAGGUGUUGUGGCCCAGGCUGGACUCUGAGGCUGGGGGUAGCAUUGGCCUGAACUCCGGGAGCGAGGCGGGCGGAAGCAGAACAGCAGUGGAAAGGCCCUUAGACACUGAGCCAAACAGUGCUGUGGUGUGUGCCUCUUCACCUGUGACCAGCUUCAAAGCCAUUGGAGUGAGUGCAGAAGUUCCUGCUGAAGUGGAGGUCGGAGAAAGUGAAGAAGUGUAAGUGAAUGUGAGAGAACACAGUGCCACUGAUCCUCAGUGUAAUCUGUUCCAGGGGUUACUGUGAGCUGAAUUAGUCACAUAUAGAAACGGACUGUGUGCAGGUCUGCACCUUGUGAAGCGGUGUCUUACUGUUUUAAGUGGUGUAUGUAAGUGAAAUAUAUGAACAAGUGUUCCCAUGAAAGGGGCUGUGUGUCUUUAAGUGCGAUGUAUUGCAGCUCCCUGACUGAUAUCCAGGAUCUGUCCAGUAUUGCCUGUGAUGGAGACUCAUUGAGCAGUGAGGUUCAGCAGCAGGGCCC